CAGAGUGACUUAUUUCCAUUGGGGUCAGUUCGCUGAAUGGCAAGAGAAAUAUAUUAAAAGUGCACGUGAACAGGUAUUGUCAGACGUUUUUUCAGUGUAUCGGUGCUAUGGGAUGCAUAAUAAAGAUAUUAAACAGAAGCCGAUAGUAAUUAGCUGUUGCAGGACGCUGUUCGCUUAACAUUAAACAGGUACAUAGGUGUUAAUCAGUUGCUGUGAGUCGCAUUCUAGAAUUUUUAGUAUCAGAGACAGGGCUGAGCUUUAAAAUAAUGUGAGAAAUUAUAAUAGCUUUUAACCUGUAACUCAGGCCGUAUAUAAAAAAAAAGAACUUUUCUCUGUAGUAUUGUACUCGCCUAAUAUAUGUAUACUCAUCUAUAUGUGAUUGCCAGGGUUGAUUUACAGCUCCUGGCCCCGCCUCUUCGCUGGUCGCUACUAGGCCCACUAUCCUGGCUCCAAGAGCUUUAUCGUACCUCUUGUUAAAACUCUGAGGCUGAAGAAAUACUUCCUAACAUCUCUAUGCCUCAUGCUCACUGAACUCAAGAUAUGGCACAGCAGGGAAUGACAUCUCUGGAGACCAAUUAAGAUGCAGAUUGUAUGAAGUUACCCAUGUCUCGGCCAGUUCAAGCUAAUGGAGUCUGAUGCAUUGCUCGGUGGGAGACGGCAUUGGGGACCCAGCCAGUGAGGAGAGUAUGGAUGUAUCGGAAACCAGCAACAGCAGUGGAACACUAGCCAACCAGUCGCCACUUUCAGACCACAUCCCUAACAACAUUUACACCUUUGAACCUGGCGUCCGUGACCCCCUAAGAUUCCCCAUGCAGAACGGGCGACUUGUUGGUGCAGCUGUGGAGGGUGGGAUUUUGCCUCCUGCAGGUAUAGGAGGUGCUGCAGCAGCACUGGGUGCAGGUCAUAAACCUUCACCUUUCAAUCUUUCUCAUCUUGAAUAUACUCUCCCAGAUACCGAAAUUUAUGAACCUGAGACAGUUGACUUUCCAAACUCCCCUACUGCCCUACGAUACAUGGUGCAUCCUGAUGAUGACUGUACUGGUGUGCGUUUGGCAGAGAGAGAGGAAACCACACAACCACCUGUUACACCCACAGAAGAGGAUCGAUCAGUAUACACUGCUGUGGUUUCUCCGCCCACUGGUCAGGUUACUCUCAGGAAAGAACGUCCCUCCAGUCUUGAAGUAAAUCGUAAAAAACGUCUUACAGUGACUGAGGAAUUGUUAACAGUGGCUGUUGAUGAUGACCAACAUUCCAUAUCUUCUCUCAGUCAACACAGUGAUGAUGAUGAUGAUGAUGCUCAGAUGCUCUCUCAUGAUGAGUUUACAGACAUGCUUACACCCGAUGACAUUGAUACUCCCGAUGAGUUGGAAGAGUCCAUCAUGGAAAGUGAGUCAGUUCUCGGCACCAAGUCUUUGAAGUCGUAUGAAGGCUACGGACUUGGACCUCAACCUAGGAUAGACCCAUUACCUGAAUACACAGUGACGCAGGAAACCACUGAAGAGAGAUCAUGGAGGUCUGUUGUCAUCUCUGGAAUUGAGAGACGAAUUGAUAUGAAAGUAAUUGAGCCAUAUAAGAAGGUUCUAAGUCAUGGAGGUUACCUUCUUGGAAGCAAUGAAGCUGUCAUAGUGUUUUCUGCAUGCUUCUUGCCAGACAGAUCACGCAAAGAUUAUGAUUAUGUUAUGGACAAUCUUUUCAUGUAUGUAUUGACAACUCUAGAUCAACUGAUAGCUGAAGAUUAUGUUCUGAUCUACCUACAUGGUGCCACAACCCGAGGGAACAUGCCAUCAUUCGCCUGGCUUAAACGAUGUUAUCAGAUGAUUGAUCGACGGUUACGUAAAAACCUACAGGGCCUCUACUUAGUUCAUCCAACAUUCUGGGUUAAGACAGUAGUAGUAAUGACAAGACCAUUUGUCAGUGCAAAGUUUGCUCGAAAGCUAAGAUUUGUGAAUAACUUAAAGGAAUUGUCCGGUCUCAUCCCCAUGGAUCAAGUGUGCAUUCCUGACCGUGUCAAACAGUAUGAUGAAAUACGAGAGAGUUUGCUUGAAAAGGCAUGAGCAAGUAGUGAAGUUGGAACAUUUAUGGAAGAUUUCUGUCCCAUUAGUAUAUGGGAUUUGUAAGACCUGUAUGCCUACCUAGUGAAUAAUACUCUUCAGUAAUGCACAGCUUUAGUAGAAAUUAAGAAGCAACCCAAAGAAAAGCUUGAGACCUGUUAUACUUAAGUAAACAGCAUUGGAGGCCCAAAUACAUACCGGUAUAUAUUUUCUUUUGAGGGGGGCCAGCUGUGUUAUUGUAUAAGGUUAGUGCUAAAAAAAUAAGAAAAAUAUAUUGGAUUAUUUCAUGGUAUUUUAGAUAGUGUGAAAAACUGUGAAACUAAAUACAUUAAGCCGAAGAAGGGAGUUGAAAAUAAGAUGAAAGUACUCAAGUGUUGCAACAGAUGUUCUGCAUUCUUAUUGCUUGGAUAAUGAAAACUCAUUUCUUGUGUUCCAGGUCAAAUUGUUGGCUUGACAAUAAAGGUUGGGAUUCAGAGACAUUUCAACCUUCAGUAUAUUUAUUCAUGAUGGGUCAAAUCUGUAUCAGAGCACAAAUAGAUACCGGAACUCUAAUGUUCAAGUUUCCAGCAAGUGAAGUUUUAUGGAUCAUCUAGAACAGAUGUACUCUAAUAGUGGUGCUCAUGUGUGCAUUAUUUCAGUUGUAAUACUUAUGAUGAUAAGUAGUCUCUCAUUCUUUACAGAUAAGAGAUGCAAAUUAAACUGUGGAUUUAAUAUACUCCUAUCAGAAACCUGUCAAAUACAGUACUUGUUAAUAAAAGCUUAGUGUGUUCAGAUGUGGUAUGUCUUGGAUGUGUUGAAUGGGCUGUAAAUUAAGGCGUUGAGCUCUGCACACACAGAUAAGGCUUAAUUCCAUCACAGGUUAAUGUUGCAUACUUGUGGGCUCAACAACUUUGAUUUAUGUAUUUAUGUAAAUGUUAUUACUAUUUAUAUAAAUAAAAUAUAUAUAUACUGUAUGCAUAUAAAAUUUACUGAAAAAUAAUUUAUUAUGUGGAGAACAUAAAUUCCUACUGAUAGAAAAUAGCAUGCAGACAUGCAAGUUACAUUCAGUAAAAAAAGUUUAUUAUUACUCAAAUUCCACAGGAAAAAUACUAGCACGACUUUAUGUCCUGCAUUAACAUAUAGAAUUACGUAUCAUGAUGGGAUAUGCAUGUAUGCUUUGUAACACAAAUGAGCAUUAUAGAGCAUGUGCUAUAGUUAAAUUGUUAAUAUAUAUACAUAUAUAUAUAUAUAUAUAUAUACAUGAAGUCUAGUAGCCUUGGUAAUAUAUAAAGUAUGGCUUGCCAUCAUUGAAGCUGCAGGUGAUAUUUGAGGUUUUGGUAGCCCCUAUUUAAUUCAGCAUAAAUUUAGACUUACAUUUACACAAAAUUGUUCUGAACACUAUUAUUAUUACAUUCAUGGGGAAGUGCUAAACCCAUAGGGGUUGGUAAGGUAUUCAGACUCAGUUCAAGGAAUUGGAUCACAGGUCCAAUUUCUUUGAUCAGGAGCCCUUCACCAGCAUCAAGGAACCUCCCUCGAGGUAAAAAGAUAACAAAAAGCCUUCAUUUAAUUAUAUUCACUUUCCCCUCAUAACCAUGGCAAUAAUAACUUUGUUUUUCUCUUAUGUAAUUAUGAUUACAUAGUCUGCCUUUGUGUUACAUUACUACGAUGUUUUAUUAUACCUUCAUAUGCAAUAUUAACAUGCAUAAUACACACUGUACACUUGUUAGUGAAAUACAUAGACAUUUCAUCUGCUCAGACUGCCUAACCAAUCACCUUCAUUAAAGAUACAGAAUUCUCCCAAAAGAACUGUACUAUUCCACACUUCAGGAAAAUAUAUAACAGACUGCUUUUAAAAUACAAGUGAUAAAUAAGCUGUAAAUUAUUUUAAUUACUUUUACAUAUUUAAUAGAUGUUGGUAUAGUGUAAAAGUAUAGAGCCCUGUAAAUACACAGUAUGUGAUGGUCUUCACAGGCAAACAAAAUCAUUGUGAUCUUGCAGUGACUAAAGAUUGUUAUUGUUGAUUUUGUGUCUGAUAGUCUUCCUUGGAGGAGAUUAGCACAGAGCAUCAGCUUUGGUCAUUCU